GGUCCCAGCAGAUGAGAGAGCUGGGAGGAGCAGGUCUGGGACUCAGCCAUGUGCUGACUGCUCUCUGCACACAGUACAUGCACGGAGAGUGGCUGCUGCAUGCUCAGUCCUGCUAUAUAGACAGGGACUUUCUCCUCCCAGGCAGAGUGACUGUACCGGAGACUGCAGGGGGGGCUGUACCGGCACCGGAGACUGCAGGGGGGGCUGUACCAGCACCGGAGACUGCGGGGGGACUGGGCUCCAGAGCUGACACAUGGAAGUAAUCAUGCUGCCUGCACUCACACCCUGUACAGCCGGGCUGCUGCUGCCAUUCCUGUGAGCCGGUGCUCAGCGCUGUGCCUGCUGCCCCAGCCAGCCGCACAUUCCUCCGGACCUAUGCACAAAGAUGCGAACACUGCUCCGCUCCUUCCUGCUGGGUCUCUGCUCUGUCAUCGGAACGUUAUGUCAGACGGUCACGUAUAUGGAGGUGAGCGGCGUAUCCGAGGAGAAUGUCACCCUGCCGUGCUCGCACAAGCUGGGAGUGCUGGGGAGCAACCUGGACAUCGAGUGGUUCUCAAACGUCUCUGACCAAGGGCAGAAAGUGAUACUCAGCUACAGUGGAGGGAAAGUCUAUGAAAAUGAAGACCUCAUGGGCCGUUACAGAUUCUCCUCCAACUGCUCAGCCGGUGACGCGGACAUAUUCAUCCCCUCGCUGGAGCCCGGCGACGCCGGACAGUACAUCUGCAAAGUGAAAAAUGCAGGGAAAUAUAAAUGGUGUUACAUCAGCUUAAAGAUCCUGGUGAAGCCGUCAGAGCCUGAUUGCUGGAUAGAGGGUGACCCGAUAGUGGGCAGAGACGUCGCCCUGCAUUGCAAGUCAUCGGGGGGCACAAAGCCCAUGUGGUACCGCUGGCAGCGUCUGAAGCACAAGGAUGAAUUCCCAGUAUACAUAUCGAAUACUCCGCAGCUCGAACCGACCCAGCAGCUUGUGCUGCAGAACGUCAGCUCCAAGGACAACGGUUCGUACCGCUGUGUAGUGAGGAACGACGCCGGGCACAGGACCUGUGACUUACUUCUGACAGUACAAUCUCCCACAAACGUGGCCUUCCUGGCCGGUGUGACCUGUGGCACCGUGGGCGGGGCCCUCUUUCUGUUUCUCAUCUGCUGGUUUCUGUUUCGGAAGAAAAAGCUCAAGAAGCUGGAAGAAGAUGAGUUCCUCAAUGAGAUUCGGGAGGACGCAGAAGCCCCUAAGGCCCGGCUGAUGAAACCUGGAUCUUCCACCUCAGGCUCCAGAAGCUCCCGCUCAGGUUCUUCAUCUACCCGCUCCACAACCAACAGUGCCUCUCGCAGCCAACGAACUCUCUCCACCCAGGAAACGCUGCACGCGGAGACCAAACAUCACUGCCUGGAGCAGAUAUGAGGGAGCAGGCCCGGGAUUAGCCAAGACGCUUGGUCUUAAAGAGAAUGUACGUGUCCACUGCGACACAGGAACUAUGUCUGGAGAAGCUUUGCUAGGACUUCAUGGUCACAUAAGUCUUUUCAGACCACAUCUUUGGUUUCAUUGAUUUUACUACUUCACCAGUAGAGAGUUUGCACCUUUUCAAUAAUAAACACAGAAGCUGCGGAGCUUUGAGAGGAACGUAGGAAGAUUGGGAACUAUACAUGAGGGAAUAAGAGCUCCGCGUAGGCCAGGAGUUAGCAAGGUACACUAGUUGUGCUGAACUGUGUAGCAAUGUGAAUUGUUCUCUGUAAGGGAAACCUUUUUAUUACUUUAUGAUGACGGUACGAAAUAUUGACGACGGUAACAUUUGUUCUAUGACGAGGAUAUUUUUUUUAUAACUAGUGUUCCGACUUUGUUCAUUUUAAUUUCCUGUGAAGCAGAAGCCACAAAGGGCAGAACGUUCUGCGCAGAGAAACUUCCAGUAAUCUUGCUGGGGACUGAAAGAGCUAAAGGAGAGAACUGUCCAUUACUUAUCUACUUGUCUUACAUGGGCAGCCACAGCACGGACAUGCGACAGUCACCCGCUGUCUACAUACAUGUAUGUCUACAUACCUUACCAGUGCACUCGAUGUGCAAAGGCAGACUGCAGAGAAGCAGCCAGAUGGCCGACCUAGCACCAAUGUAACUUCCACGCCUACUCUGCAGCCCUGGGAGUGCGCCCGCUCUGCGGUCCCUGGGGUGCGCCCGGUCUGCGGUCCCUGGGGUGCGCCUGGUCUGCGGUCCCUGGGGUGCGCCCGGUCUGCGGUCCCCGGAGUACGUCUAUACUUGACCUGUGCAAAAGUGUAAAUGUAGCAUUAAAGUCCAACCUCCCGCUACCUCCCCAUUCAUUGAAAACAUGUGUUUCCCUCCUAGAACACUGCACUUGUGUCUCUAAUUAAUCAUGAGGGACAUUGUGACCAUCUAUAUGACGUGUGGCAUUAUGUGUGUAGGAAACACAGAGACGCCUUUCCCCACUACAGUGUAACGUGUAAAUGACAUCCUAUAAAAGUACAAGACUCGGUCUUCGCCAUCUUAGAACCGGUGCAGAGCUGGAAUGGCUGAGCGCUCUCCCUCACAGCAAGGAAGGCCCAUACCCCCUCCUUUACCUAUAAUAAUCUCACUAUGCAAGAUCCAGUCCCACCCCAACUCCAACGUCUGCUGGUCCACAAACCCAUGCCUGAUCGGAAUAUCUAGAUGACAGACUGGGGCCGGUUUGCUCCUUAGCCAUUCUGCCAUUGGAGGCGGCCAUUUUUGGGCUAGAUCGGUAUUCAUGACAAUGCGGCAUCACUGAAUAUCCAGGACACAAUGACGUCAGUGUAUCGCUUUGUGCCUCUGUGAUGUCACUACUGUCAUCACUUCAUGGAGUACUCAAAGGCUAAAUGCUGAGUGAGCCACAAAAUGGCUGCUAGUCACCACGGGCAGGGAACCGGCAGACGAGAACUGUGCUGGACCUCUCACCCUGUCAUUACUGAUAGGAGUACACUGUAGGCGGGCAGAAUCUGAGAGGUGGGUGAUGACAGCAGUGUGUAUGCGCUUCCUUGCCAGGCCUGGCCACUGUCACUGCAAUCAUUUGUGUAUAGGACUAAAGGGCUCUUCAUCUAGGCUGAUAACAGGGUAAGGACAACCAGGUAUUUCCGCUAUGGACCCAUUAUAAAAUCUCACAUCUAUCCGUACCUCUCCGCCCCUUGUAUGCUGCGGUUUAUUCUCCAGCACGCCGCACAGGGUGCAUGAGGCAUGGUCUCCCAGCUAGACGGAGCAUCAGGAAGGACACACGCGUACUGACAAGCUGUGCGCGUCUGUGGUGUAAUUGGAAUGGGGACGCCAUCGCGUGACUGCACCGCUGCCUGUGGGGUUGCCAUUUCAUUUCUGCAGGCACUGGAGCUCCCUGUCCCUGCUGCGCCUCAUGGUGUACAAUUGUCCGCUCAUAUAAUUUCCACAUAUUCUCCAACCGCACUAACCUGGUAUAAGACGCUUCAUUGGUAUUAUAUCGUAUGAAAGGGGUUUUCUAUAUUCAGUGUCGCUGUGUUACUCAUUGGCCUGUGCGUGCCCUUCCUGCAGAUGCCCCCCCUGUGGUGUACCUCGAGGUGUCUAGUAUAUAAUUAUACACAUCAUGUACAGGGCGCUCCGGGAUUAGCCAUUAUAUCUAUGCACCACACAGAAUUAGUCAUUAACAAAUUGCUUUCUAUAUUGUAUACUGUUCUAUUUGGUUUAUGGUUACCAAUUUGUUAUUACUAAUUCAGACCGAGCGCUACAGUAUAUCUAUUAUAUAAUGCGCCAUCGUGUUUGUGUCAGUGGAGCGCCUGCCACCCACAGGCCGCACCUGGAUCCCCGACAUCUCCUGUCAGCCCCUCCACCCGCUCGCCCCGUGCAGCCAGACACACUGGUAGCGCAUUAUAUAACAGAGGGUUCAUUAACUAUACUUACAUAAAUUAUCCAGUGACCCCCCCAAUAAACCCCAACUGCUUCUACUGUUGGUAGGACAGACACCGUUUGGGGGGGACUGUCCUGCUGACCCCAUGGUCUCUCAUUGUGAUGUGUGGACGCCCUGAAUGCGGUAAAUUCAUAGUAUUCCCACAGGAGACAGGAGACCCGCUGGUGUAUGAUAUACAGUCCCCAAGUGUAGGGAUAGUCCCAGGGGUAGAAUUGUGUCCCUAUUCUUCAUUAUUUACCAGGUGCACAAACACCUUCUGUGUCUACAAUGUCAAUUAUUACUUUGUGCUCUCGUGUGGUGGGAUUUAGGAUUUGGGAUUUACUGAAAAGGAAUAAAUAUGCGCAAAAAAGUAAAAAAAUCUGUUUAUGGAAAUACGUGGACCCUGUACUGUAAGGAUUGUAUAGGUGUCACACCUGAGGUCGUAUCAUACAGGGAGGAAAUAUAUUGCAUUGCCGCAAAAGAAAAAUGGAACCAAGGCCCUCAUUCCGAGUUGUUCGCUCUGUAAUUUUCUUCGCAUCGCAGCGAUUUUCCGCUUAAUGCGCAUGCGCAAUGUUCGCACUGCGCCUGCGCCAAGUAAAUUUGCUAAGAAGUUUGGUAUUUUACUCACGGCAUUACAAGGUUUUUUCUUCGUUCUGGUGAUCGUAAUGUGAUUGACAGGAAGUGGGUGUUUCUGGGCGGAAACUGGACGUUUUAUGAGUGUGUGAAAAAACGCUACCGUUUCUGGGAAAAACGCGGGAGUGGCUGGAGAAACGGGGGAGUGUCUGGGCGAACGCUGGGUGUGUUUGUGACGUCAAACCAGGAACGAAACUGACUGAACUGAUCGCAGAUGCCGAGUAAGUCUGGAGCUACUCAGAAACUGCUAAGAAGUGUCUAUUCGCAAUUUAGAGAAUCUUUCGUUCGCAAUUUUGCUAAGCUAAGAUUCACUCCCAGUAGGCGGCGGCUUAGCGUGUGCAAAGCUGCUAAAAGCAGCUAGCGAGCGAACAACUCGGAAUGAGGGCCAAUGAACACUUUCUAAGAGGAAGGAAUAGGAAGAAAAUUUCAUGUAACAGAAGUGGAAUAAGAAUCCUGCAAUUCUGCAGAAACAGUGAUUUGGCCAAAUAAAUAGUAGGUGGUGGUCCUCUGCUGACCAGUCUUACCAGAAUACCCAGCUCUACACAUCCCGUUCCUCUGUGUGUAAUAGGGUGGUUGCAAGACAUAGGGGGGAAAUGGUUUUUUAUCGUAUCUUCCACGGGAACCCCGAAAAAGUUGCCAAUUGGUGUAAAAAUGAGAUUGUCAAAGUUUCAGCUCGAUCGGAUAACGUUAAGACCCGCCUCAUCAGCUCUAAAGUAUUAAAAAACAGCUAUUUUUCUUUAAAAAAAAAAAUUGGGGUUUUCUGCUAUAAAAUUAGAAUGGUUUAAACUAGACACGUGUUUUGUUGUUUUUUUUAGUUUUGUAGAGCGUGUUCCUGGCUUCAAUUUUCACUCACACAACUUGUUUGACAAACGUACAGAUCGGAAGAUAUAUGAGUUUUUCGUAGUCCGGACCCGGAAAAUCCACUUUUUUAAGAAAAUGUGAAAACUGGCUGCAGGUGCAGCCAGCACAGGAACAGGCCAGGGAUGGACACCCACCAAUCAGUGCUUUCCUCCCGCUGGCCACCCCGGGCUACAGUACGUAAAUGUCUCUUCCAGCUGAGCAGCCCCUGCUACAUAGAGCACAAGGCACCGCGGCAGCGCCUGCUCCACCUCCCCAUCAUACAUGCCUCUCUCCCCAGAGGUGGGUGCCAAGAGGUUCCCCAACGUGACACCACCCGCUCCACCUCACCCUCAUACAUGCCUCUCUCCCCAGAGGUGGGUGCCAAGAGGUUCCCCAACGUGACACCACCCGCUCCACCUCACCCUCAUACAUGCCUUUCUCACCAGAGGUGGGUGCCCAGAGGUUCCCCAACGUGACACCACCCGCUCCACCUCACCCUCAUACAUGCCUCUCUCCCCAGAGGUGGGUGCUCAGAGGUUCCCCAACGUGACACCACCCACUCCACCUCACCCUCAUACAUGCCGCUCUCCCCAGAGGUGGGUGCCCAGAGGUUCCCCAACGUGACACCGCCUGCUCCACCUCACCCUCAUACAUGCCUCUCUCCCCAGAGGUGGGUGCCCAGAGGUUCCCCAACGUGACACCACCUGCUCCACCUCACCAUCAUACAUGCCUCUCUCCCCAGAGGUGGGUGCCCAGAGGUUCCCCAACGUGACACCACCUGCUCCACCUCACCAUCAUACAUGCCUCUCUCCCCAGAGGUGGGUGCCCAGAGGUUCCCCAACGUGACACCACCUGCUCCACCUCACCAUCAUACAUGCCUCUCUCCCCAGAGGUGGGUGCCCAGAGGUUCCCCAACGUGACACCGCCUGCUCCACCUCACCCUCAUACAUGCCUCUCUCCCCAGAGGUGGGUGCCCAGAGGUUCCCCAACGUGACACCACCUGCUCCACCCUCACCAUCAUACAUGCCUCUCUCCCCAGAGGUGGGUGCCCAGAGGUUCCCCAACGUGACACCACCCGCUCCACCUCACCAUCAUACAUGCUCUCUCCCCAGAGGUGGGUGCCCAGAGGUUCCCCAACGUGACACCACCUGCUCCACCUCACCAUCAUACAUGCCUCUCUCCCCAGAGGUGGGUGCCCAGAGGUUCCCUGACAUGACACUGCCCACUCCACCUCCCCGUCAUACGUGCCUCUCUCCCCAGAGGUGGGUGCCCAGAGGUUCCCUAACAUGACACUGCCCGCUCCACCUCCCCCGUCAUACGUGCCUCUCUCCCCAGAGGUGGGUGCCCAGAGGUUCCCUAACAUGACACUGCCCACUCCACCUCCCCGUCAUACGUGCCUCUCUCCCCAGAGGAGGGUGCCCAGAGGUUCCCUAACAUGACACUGCCCACUUCACCUCCCCGUCAUACGUGCCUCUCUCCCCAGAGGUGGGUGCAGGCUGGAUAUAACCACUGCGUAGCUGUUUCUUUCUCUAGGUUAUUGCACUUUAGUUUUAUCUACUGCGGAUUGUGUGUUGGUACAGGCUCCAUUCUUCUCUCAUAGAACUGUAUUGUUAUUCUGACUUUGGUUAAAUGCUUAUGAAGUAUAAAGUAAUUUCUAAAUAUAAUUUAAUAAAAAAAGAAAUAAAAUAGUAA